AUGCCCGCCGACUUCGAGAAACAGAGUUAUUGGCAUGAGAGAUUCUCGUCCGAGACGUGCUUUGAGUGGCUGGCCUCGUCAGAAUCUUUUAUGUCCAUAAUAGAGCCUUACCUCUCGAGACACUCACUUACUUGCCAAGGCUCGCCCCGAAUCCUCCACUUAGGGUCAGGCACAAGCGAUCUGCAUAACUGCUUCCGUUUAAGAGGUUACUUGGACGUUACCAACGCUGACUACGAACCCUUGGCUAUCGAGCGCGGGCGUCAGCUAGAGCAAGAGGCUUUUGGUGACGUGAGGAUGAAAUAUAUGGUCGCAGACGCGACGCAGCUCUCCUGCAACCUAUCUCACGAUCAGAAGUUUGACAUAGUGGUAGACAAGAGCACGACCGACGCAGUCUCCUGCGGCGGGACCACAGCCCUCUCGGGAAUGGCCUCUAGCGUGAGACAAUGUCUCGCUGACAAUGGAAUAUGGAUUUCCCUUAGCUAUUCUUCAGCUCGCUUCGAUAUCGAGCAGCUUCCAUUCGACGUCGAGGUCAUAGCUAGGAUCCCGACACUCAAGCUCAAGGAGAAUGAUCCGGUGAUAUAUAAUUAUUGCUACCUUCUUCGACCUAAAUGA